AUGUUGGAUAGUGAGAAAUCGAAGCAGUACGAUAUAAUGAAGAUGAUUCGAUACGGAGUUGGGAAAUACUACAAGAGUAAGUCGUCUGAAGAUCGGAUGCGCAAUCAUUUCGAAGAAGAAAUCAACGAGGUCAACAUGGACAACAGUUUCAGAGUUGGAACCUCUAUUUGCAACUUGGUAACAAAACGAAUUGUUGCUCUACUGGGUAUACACACAAGCAACACUCUCAACACCGUCAAAUCGUACAGCAACACCUUCAACAUUCCCUAUAUCACAACGGCAAUGGCAGUCAACAGUUCGAAGCAGGAACAUGGUUUUCAACUUUUUCUGCGCCCUAUGUACAUAAGAGCUGUCUUUGAUCUCAUAAAAUAUUAUCAGUGGAAGGAAGCAUUCUAUCUCUACUCGACUAAUGAAGGAUUGGAGCGCCUACAGCAGCUGUUCGACAUCAUCACGGAAGAAGGCUACCCGUUGAAAAUUAAAGUCUACCGCGUAGAAAACGCUUCUGAAGUUUUGGAGGCUCUGUCGAAAAUCACAAACCUGGAUUACAAACGUCUUCUUCUGGAUCUCCCUGCCCACGAAACAGAAAGUGUCAUCAACAAAACGUUUGAGUUGAACACGUCAAAAAACGUGAAGCAUGUCAUAAUCCUGAUGGGAUUGAAUUUGAACGAGAUGAUAUCUCAAGCCUUCAAAUUAGGAGGGCUGAAUGUCACAGGGUUGUGCUUGGUGGACCAUGCGAAGAAGAGAAGUCUCAUAAGAGACUGGCACUCAGUCUACAAAGGCGUCGACAUUACUUCAGAUUUGCCGAUGCCCGGAGAAGCAGCGUUGUUAGCCGAUGCAGCGUUCCUCAUGGCACAUGCUCUUGCCAAAGUUUUCAAACACAAAACACCGUUGAACGAUCAUUCACCUUACAGUAAUGGAUUUUUUGGAGAAGCUUUAAGCUGCGAAACGGAACCAACAGUACCAUGGAAAUUUGGGAGUGAAGUUAUAAAAGCUCUUAAGGAGACAAACCUGACUGGUUUAUUCACUGGGCCACUCGUGUUUGAUGAAUUUGGAUUGAGGAAACACUACACGAUGGAUGUGCUUGAAAGUAGGCUGAACGGUCCUUUGAUGAAGUUUGGAACAUGGGACACAACGCACGGACUGACCGUGAUACAGAAUGCCCAUGUACGAACGAAAGGAAACAACACGAUUGCCAACAAAACGAGAAUCGUAACUUCCGUUUUUUCUGCUCCCUUUCUUAUGUUGAGGACAGAACCUGAUUUGGUUGGCAACGAUCGAUUCGAAGGCUACUGCGCCAACUUAACGAAAAAAAUUGCAGAUUUAAUAAAAUUCGAUUACCAACUGCAGCCGGUCAAGGACAAUAAGUAUGGAAGCAAUGAUACCGGAACGUGGGAUGGAAUGGUUGGAGAGCUGCUACGAGGGGAAGCUGAUAUGGCGAUCGCUCCACUGACGAUAACAGCAGAUCGUGAGAGCGUCAUCGACUUUUCUAAGCCAUUCAUGAGUCUGGGCAUCAGCAUCAUGAUCAAAAAAAUGUCCAAGAAACCACCGAACGUCUUUUCUUUCAUGGAUCCUCUGUCUUACGAAGUCUGGAUGUGCAUCAUAUUUGCCUACAUCGGAGUCAGUGUCGUCCUCUUCCUGGUUAGCAGGUUCAGUCCCUUUGAGUGGCACGUUGACGACAAGCAGGACUCUGUGGCCAACAACUUCACCAUUUUCAACAGCUUGUGGUUCUCUCUGGGAGCCUUCAUGCAGCAAGGGGUCGACAUCGAGCCAAGAUCGAUGUCAGGUCGCAUCGUAGGCAGUGUGUGGUGGUUCUUCACACUCAUCCUCAUCUCGUCAUACACUGCCAACCUGGCAGCCUUCCUCACCUCGGAACGUAUGCAGUCACCCAUCGAGUCCGCUGAAGAUCUCGCCAAACAAACUGAAAUCAAGUAUGGGACUAUUAAAGGCGGGUCGACGCAAGGAUUUUUCAAGAAAUCCACGAUUCCGACUUACGAGCGGAUGUGGGCCUUCAUGUCAUCCUCCGAGCCAUGGGUCUUCGUUGACACGACAGAUGCAGGGGUGAACCUGGUGAGAGAGAAGAAAGGUAAGUAUGCAUUCCUCACCGAGUCCACUCAGAACGAGUACACCAACCAGCGCAAGCCCUGUGACACCAUGAAGGUUGGGAGCAAUCUCGAUGCCAAGGGAUAUGGUAUAGGCACGCCAAUGGGAUCGGAUCUCAGAGAUCGCAUUACACUUUCAGUCUUGGAGUUGCACGAGACAGGUGAACUGGCCACGCUGUUUACGGAGUGGUGGUUCAAUAAAGGUCAAUGUGGAAAAGAAGGACCGCCAAAAAAACAAGAAGCUACAAGCUCGUUGAAAUUACCGAACGUGACGGGCAUUUUCUACAUUCUCAUGGGAGGCCUCAUUCUCUCACUGUUCAUCGCAGCCAUCGAGUUUUUUCACAAAACAAGACAUGAAGCAAAGAAACGAAAAACGUCGUUUGCUCGCGCGGCUCGGUCAGGAGCGCGUCUGUCGCUGACGGGCCAGCCACACGAACCCUUUUCAGCCGAUGAAACACCCGACAGCCAGCCCGGGGACAUUCCUCCUAACAUGAACAUGUCUACUUACUCGUAUGGACCACCACCUGGUCAGCUCCUGAAUAUCGAUGGUUAUGGCGAUUCGAACAUGCAAACACAAGUCUAACAUGCAGGCUCAGUGGUAACGAACAAAUAGUACAAAUCUUUCAAAUACUUUUUUAUAAAUUCUUCGUCGGCCGUGUUUUUUUUCAAUAAAUAAAUAAUUUUACCAGUUUUGUUAAAAAACGAUAAACUAAAAUAUAGAUUCUAAGCAAUAACACAGUCACAUAUACUUUGACAUCUAUUAAAUGACGUAUGCAUAUAUAUUACCUAUUCAAUGUUGAAUAAUGUUGUGCAAGAGGCGAAGAUAUCCAAGUUGUUGUCAGUACAAAAUCAAUAGAUUUUAGUAUUAGUAUUAGAAUGAUGCUUACCAAGGAUUUUAAGGAUUUACGAUAAAACAGUUUUUUUUUCAUUACGAUUUUUAAAAUCAAUUGAAAAUUUUAUAUUUUUGAUACAUUAUCAAAUUUUGUUAUCAUUUCGUUAUUGAAAUUAUUUACUGUGAUUGUUUCCGUUGUAUCAUGAUUGAAGUUUAAAAAUUUGAAACAACUUUACAGAAGUGUUCAAGAAGAAAUUUAAUUUUUCAUUCUAGAACUUUGUGGUAUCAAAAAAAAAUUAUUUUAAUUUUGUUGCUUCUGGUGAACCAUCAAUUUUUCAGCAGUUAAUCAUUUGUCACUUUUUCAUAUCACGUUCUUGUAUCCUUGUUAUAGAUGCCUAAAUGGGAUCAAUUAAUUUACAAUGAGAUUGCACACAAAAUAUAGCAACAAGAGAACAUUAUUUUAUUUUUUUUUACUACAUUAAUGUAAUCAUUACAUUUAUGUAAUUUCAUUCUAUUUCAGUCUUUUAAUGUUUUUUAUGAUAUUAAAACAAUUAACAGUGGACCAAAAACGUUUUGGGUUGAUGGAGUUGAAAAUUACUUUUUAAACAAUUUGUUAUUACCAUUGCCCUCUGAUAGCAUUUUGUGGUGUUAAGUGUUUCAUAUACGCUAGUUCAUAAUACUUUUUCAAUUUCUAAGAUAUUUAAAUAAACUAGGUAGUUGAUAUUUUUCUUUUGAUUCAAAGAAAUUUUUAACAAUU